AUCAUGAUCCUCCGUGUGGGACUCUGCCUUGGCCUCACGGCUGAGAUGGUCCAACAGCUGAAGGACAACGGUGUCAGAACAGUGAUGGAUCUUGUCUCAUCAGAUCUGGAGAUGAUUGCCCGGAAAUGUUCUUUAUCCUACAAGGCCUUGGUUGCUGUUCGGCGUGUGUUGCUGGCUCAGUUUUCUUCCUUCCCUGUCAACGGUGCCGAUGUCUACGAAGAACUCAAGAGCUCCACUGCCAUCUUGUCUACGGGGAGCAAAAGUUUAGACAAGCUUCUGGAUGGCGGCUUGUACACUGGGGAGGUGAUGGAGUUCACGGGAUCACCUGGGAGUGGUAAAACUCAGGCGUGCCUCCACAUUGCAGCAAAUGUCUCCAAAAGCCUCAAGCAGGGUGUGCUGUAUAUCGAUUCUACCGGGGGGUUCACAGCCACUCGCUUGCUGCAGCUGCUCCAGGGCAGGACGGAGGCUGAGGAAGGACAGGUGGAGGCGCUUCAGAGGAUCCAAGUUACUCGCGUGUUCGAUGCCUACAGGCUGCUGGAUGUCUUGCAUGAGUUCCGGAGCACCGUGGCUCAGGAGGUUAUUAGGGCGUCUGCGCCGGUGAAGAUUCUAGUGGUAGAUUCUGUCUCCGCUGUGAUUUGCCCUCUUUUGGGAAGCCGGCAGCCUGAUGGCAUGGCCCUCAUGAUGCACGUGGCUCGGGAGCUGAAGACGCUGGCCAAGGAGCUUGGAGUGGCUGUUGUGGUGACCAAUCACGUGACUCGAGAUGCCAGCAGCGGGCAAAUCAAACCAGCACUGGGUCGUUCCUGGAGUUUUGUGCCUAGUAGUCGCGUGCUGUUAGAGAACGGCAAGGAAUCUUGCGGGAAAACCAGCGGCUGUCGAAUUGCGUCCUUAACAAAAUCUCCUCGGCAGACAACCGGCUUUUCUAGCCUUAACCCUCUUCUCUAUGGCUCGAGCCACUCUGGCGCGGCCCUUGUCUCUUCCCCCUUCGUCCCCCGCCUCUUCGUCCGCGUGACCAACGCUCGGCCCCGCCUCCCUACGUUGCCAUGGCAGUGGUCCCCGCCGCUGCGCAUUGUGUGGCUGGCGGGCCGGGCGAGGGGUGGAGCAUGGAGGCCGGGCUCCGCCUCUGCCCGGCCCGGACCUCGCCCACUCCUCUCCCGCUGGCUCAGUCAGUCUGAGUUUGGCCUGCUGUGGAGGAGGACGCGAAGCGGAGGUGAGGAGGGGCGAAGGACGGACCCUUAG